AUGACGCAGGCGGACUUGCAAAUGCUGCAGUCCUUUGUGGAGGAUGACCCGGUCAUCUCUUCUGAGGGAGGCGCCAGCUUACUGCAUGCUUUGACUCGUGAAUUUCAUUGCAACACGUGGUUUGUCUUGCAAGACGACCACGAAAUUGUGAUGACGAGGCGAGGCACCCGACCGGGGGGAUGCCUCGCAGACGCCAUGUUCUCCUUGCUGUUCAAUCGCGUGUUGACACGCCGAGGCUCGUUCCGCGAAAACGGGUGGGCGCCCAAGAUACCGUGGAGUGGCAAGCGGGAUCUGGUUGAAUGCAGCGACUUUGAGAACGCCCCUCUACAGGUCGAUGCGCAGGAUAUUAUUUACGCGGACGAUCUUGCGACAUGCAUAGUCACGUCUGAGGCAGCCUCCCUCCCGCGUGCGGUUGCCCAUAUCGCAGGUGAGGCUUUGGACUCCUUGGCAGAGUUCGGAUUGUCGGCCAACUUGGGGCCGCGUAAGACGGCCGUGUUGCUUUGUCCGGCCGGCGUCGGAGCCAAAAGCGUACGCGAGCAAGUUUUCUUUCGAAAUAAAGGCAAGCUUAUGGUGCUUCGUGAGAACGCAGUUACUUUGGACUCGGUUUCUUCCUACAAGCACCUCGGCUCCUGUCUUACGCAUAACAGCUCGAUGCUGGCCGAGAUCAGAGCGAAGAUGGGUGUUGCAAAGGCUGCCUUUCACGAGGGGCAGCGGUUGAUCUUCUGUUCUGGCCAGAUUUGCCUCCGUCGGCGAACCUCUUUGUUCCGUACUCACGUGUUGGCGGGGCUGCUGACCGGGGCUGGUGCAUGGCCCUUGCUGUGUGAGUCCAGUUGGAAGAUUUUCGAGCAGGGAAUCUACAACAUGUACAGGAGGCUUCUCCGAGUGCCAAGACAGGCAAGCCAGAAGAUCAGUCGAUGGCGCAUCCUAAGCUAUCUGGACAUGCCGUCGCCGCAGGAUCUAGUCCACACCGAGAGGCUCCGAUUCCUCGGCCAGUUGGUCCGAUCCGGCCCCGAUGCCGUGGGCCCGCACGGCCCUGUCCUUGACAACUGGGACAGUUGGACCUCUCUGAUCCGUCAACACCCCGGUCAAUGGAAGGGAUACAUCAAGCGUGCGGGCACGUGGCACUUGAAUCAGGCAAAGGCUGAGGCGGAUUUCUUCGGGUGCGUGCGUGCUUGCUGGCAGCCUGUCCCACCCCGUGCGGUCGCGGUUGCAGCUUCGGAGCAUUGUUGUGUACCCUGUAAGAUUGCCUUCGCUGAUUUUCAGUCUUGGGCGGCGCAUGCUGCCAAGGCGCACAAGUACAGGUUGGUCCGUCAUCUUCAGAUGUUCCCGCGCUGUUGCCAGGCUGUUGCGCAUGACGUUGAGGGACUUCUGCCGCCGCUGAUUGCUCCUGACGGGCCCGUUCAGAGCCACGGCUUGGCGGGCUAUCGCAUGCCCGAUUUUCCCGACCUUCCGCCCCCUGAGGACGACUUCUGUCCGGCACUGCUUGCGGCUUUGCAUGAGGCGGAGGUCAGGUCAGAUUCUGAGGUCUUCGCUCUCGUUCAGGGUGUGAUUGAGCCCUUCCCGCUCCUUCGUCAAACGGUUCGUACUUGGGCGCAACAGACGACCGACCCCCAACGUCGAGCAUGGGGAGAAGAUGUGCUUCUCUGUAUGCAGGUUGACCUCCUGUGCGACCGCGUUUCGAAUGCGGCCCGUGUUGAUGACGAGGAUGCUGCUAUGUGCUUUACCCCUAUGAUCGAGGGUUGCUCCUUGAAUCCGAUGGCACCCCCCUUGCCCUCCCUCGUUGUGGGGCGUGUGCCGGAGGCGAAGGUCAAUGGGUACCGUCCGCUCUCUUCGCCAACGUGGAUUCGGAAGGGUUUUGAAACGGAGGAAUGCGAUUUAGGGUGCUUUGCGUGCGUUGUAGUGGACUUCCCACUGCCUUGCGCCGCGUGCUCCCCUUUCUGGCGGGCCAUGAGUU